CAUAUGCACAAGGCUGUAGAGCUGAAGCAGCAGCUGCAGAUAGAGCAUGAGCAAGCCUUGGUGGCCCUUCACACCAAGCAGAAGGAGAUCAAUCAACUGCAAAAGGUCAAAGUUCGUGACCUGGAGCAGAAAUGCAGGUCACAGAGUGAACACUUCCACCAGCUGUCCAACGAGCUGCUGAAUUUCCGUUUGCAAUCAGAUACUGGGGACAUCCUUAAAAUUAGUCCUGCCUCCAAAUCCCAGAUCCCUCUCUCAUCGGAGAAGAAACUCUCACAAGACAUCUUUGGAUUUGGAGCCCAGACGGAGACAGGCGAUGAGAGCGCGGCAAACACGCCUCUACUGAUCUCCCGGUUCUCGCCCUGCACACCACAGACUGGAGACAGAAAAGGACCAGAACCGCUGUCCGUCAAAUCCAGCACCUUGACAACGGACCGCCUCUGCAACCCUCGACAGAGGACUCCCUCAGAGAUGGAGGAUGAGGCGAGCCCAUCACCCAGGUCCAAGCCUCGCUACACAGGCCAGGUCCGCCUUUGCACUGCCCGAUACAGUUAUAACCCUUACGAUGGACCAAACGAGCAUCCCGAAGCAGAACUCCCCCUUGUGGCUGGGAAGUAUCUGUAUGUGUACGGAAACAUGGAUGAUGACGGCUUCUAUCAAGGGGAGCUGCUCGAUGGCCAGCGAGGACUCGUUCCCUCCAACUUCGUGGAAUUUGUCCAAGACAAGGAAAAACUAGCGAUCGAGUCGGGGGAUGGAGGAGACGACCUGGGCCCUCUGGACCACAUGCCCCUGGCCUUGAUGGGGGUGGAUGGAGGUGCCUCCCAGGACGGCCUCACGGGCUUAUCUAACGCCUUGGUUCCCUGUAGCAAUGGGACAGGGGGGCCCCUGGACCCUGAUGACCUGGCUGAAGACGUCGUGCCUUAUCCCCGAAAGAUCAACUUGAUCAAGCAGCUGGCACGGAGCGUCAUCGUGGCCUGGGAGCCUCCACUAGUGCCUUUGGGCUGGGGGAACAUCUCCGGCUACAACGUGUUAAUAGACGGGGAGCUUCGUGCCAGUGUGGCGUACGGCGGCCGGACCAAGUGUCUGCUGGAGAAGCUGGACCUGGACGGCUGCGUUCACCGCGUGUCGGUGCAGAGCAUCACGGACCGGGGCCUGUCAGACGAGCUGCGCUGCACCUUGCUGGUGGGGGCCAACGUGGUGGUCGCGCCGUGCGGCCUCCGGGUGGACGACAUCCAGCGCGACACUGCCGAGCUCUCCUGGUUGCCUAGCAACAGUAACUAUGGUCACACGGUGUUUUUGGAUGGGGCAGAGCAUGCGGUGGUAAAGCCAGGAAGGUAUAGACUACGCUUCAUCAACCUGAAGCCCCUGACAGUUUACAAAGUGACGGUGCUGGCACAGCCGCACCAGGUGCCAUGGCAACUGCCGCUGGAGCAGAGAGAGAGGAAGGAAGCCGGUGUGGAGUUCUGCACUCAGGCUGCAGGUCCAACACCAUAUUGCAGAACAGGCCCUCCCCAGCCUCCCCUUGAUGUACAGGUGCUCUGUGGACAGGCUCCGGGGGUCCUACAGGUCCGCUGGAAGCCCCCCAUCCUCUCUCCCACAGGCACAUCUAAUGGGGCAAACGUCGUUGGCUACGCAGUCUGCACUAAAGGACAGAGGAUAGCUGAAGUGUUGUUCCCGAUGGCAGACUAUGUGACUGUGGAGCUGACGAGGAUUCAGUGCCUGGAGGCCCGGGAAGUCAUCGUGCGGACGCUGUCAGUGCAGGGAGAAUCCCAGGACUCCCAAGUCGCCGUCAUUCCAAACAACCUCCUCGUGCCUCUACUUGCAAUCCCCCUGCCCCCGCCGAUGCACCCCCACGCAGGCCCCCCGCCACACCCCCACGCUCUGCCCCACCUCCAAUCCCCUCACCUUCCUCACGCCCCGCCCCAACUUCCUGCUCUGCCCCAGGCACACGGACAACCACCCCCACCCCAUCCCCAUCCCCAUCCCCAUCCUCCUCACCCUCAACCCCAUCCCAGACUCCCCCACCCAGGCGGUCCCCAGCAACCCCAGCAACCCCAGCACCGACCCCAACAUCCUCAGCCCCAGCCCUUACACCUUCAGCCUCACCCUCCGCACCAAGGUCCCAGGCCCCAGCACCAACUGCCUCUGCUACCCCACCCCCAUCACCACCCUAUACCUCAGAGACCAGUAUGUGCCAGAGACCUGGAUGCCAAAGAGCACGCAGCCCACCACGGGGGAGCCUUUCCACCGGGCCAGCCCGGCUGGGACCCGUCGCGCUCUCCCGGUUCCCAGCCUCCUGUGCCCAUGCAAAGCCACAACCUCGAGGCCCCUCCCUCUGCCAAUCCACGUUCCCCCUCCCCACAGAGGAUUCUUCCUCAGCCCCGAGGCACGCUCAUCCCGGACACUGUGGCCAAAGCCAUCGCCCGAGAAGCAGCGCAGAGGGUGGCAGCGGAAAGUGGCAAGGCGGACAGGAGGCAGGGCAGAUACGAAGAGCAGGGUCAUUCAUUUCACCAGCAUCACUCCGAUGAGGAAGAUGAAGACGAAGAAGGGUUCGCACGCGGCCGUCGGAGAGGACCCUCUGUGGACGAGUUCCUCAGAGGCUCUGAGCUCGGGAGGCCGCCUCACUAUAGUCACAAUGAAGAUUAUCACAGCGAAAGCAGCCGGGGCUCUGACCUGUCUGACAUCAUGGAAGAGGAUGAGGAGGAGCUGUACUCUGAGAUGCAGCUGGAAGAGGGACGCCGACGCAACUCGCACAACACACCCAAGAGCAACACUGCUGGAGGCCGUCACGACCGGGAGACGGGCAGAAGAAACCAUCACGGCGGUCCCCAGCCUCAGAGACGACCUCUAAUGGUCCCCUCCAUUGAUGGCUACAGGGACCGGGACCGGGACCGCCGCUCUCCCACGUACUACGAUGAGUCCGAGCCCGAGGACUCCUUCAGGAUCUUUGUGGCCCUCUUUGACUACGAUCCUCUGUCCAUGUCCCCCAACCCGGAUGCAGCUGAUGAGGAGCUGCCCUUCAAAGAGGGGCAGAUCAUUAGGGUGUACGGUGAUAAAGACACAGAUGGGUUUUACAGAGGAGAAGUGAGGGGCAGGAUGGGGCUGAUCCCCUGUAACAUGGUGUCAGAGAUCAGAGCGGAGGACGAGGAGACCAUGGACCAGCUCAUCAAACAGGGCUUCCUGCCGCUCAGCACCCCUGUGGACAGGAUAGGAAACCCGUUGUUGCUUCCAGAGCAGAACAGAAGAGGCCAGCGUCGAGAUCAGGCCUCGAGGAGGAUGGUGGCUCUGUACGACUACGACCCGCGAGAGAGCUCCCCUAAUGUUGACGUCGAGGCCGAGUUGACCUUCUGUGCUGGUGACAUCAUGGCUGUGUUUGGAGAUAUUGAUGAGGACGGAUUCUAUUAUGGUGAGAUCAACGGCCACCGCGGUCUGGUUCCCUCUAACUUCCUGGAAGAAGUGCCUGAUGACGUGGAGGUGUAUCUGACCGAUACCCCGUCCCACUACCCCCAGGAAGAGCCUGCCAACCGGCCCCCGCCAUCCUCCGCCGCCACCGUCUCAGAGGGCAAACGGGUGACCACAGAAACCACUGACGCCGUCGACAACGACGCGACACCUGUCCGAGCGCCGUCCCCGAUUGUUCGGCCCCUCCUCCCGGGCACCAUGAGGCCCCUCAGCCCUACGAGGGGCCCCCACAUCCCGCUGGAACCCCGAGACCCCCGGGACCAAGAUCUGGCAAACAAGAAGAAGAAAGGACUACUUUCCAAGGGGAAGAAGCUACUGAAGAGACUCUCCCCUGUGAAAUAA